CAGCCUUUUCACUACCACGUUUUGUCCCAAAUCUACAUUUCAGUACUUCCACCAACUUUUCUGCUUGCACUGUCGGCCAGACGGAGUAGAAGCCUACAAGAUCACCAUUAUCGGUUGAACAACUUCUUCGUCAGGUACCUCAAAAGCUCUUCGACAUUAAAUGACCAUGCGACUCUUCAACUCAUUUCUGGGUAUUGGCUGUCUCCUGGUGGGGAUAUGCUGUAGUAUGCCAGUGAAAGUAUAUCCUCGUACCUAUCUGGAUAUGGUGGAAGCCUUUAAUCCAGGAUUAACUUCUUUCGAUGGUGACAACCGCAUCGAAGAAGACAUGUUGACUAUCCAAAAUAGAAUGAAGCAAGAACGAAAGAGAACAGCUACCAUGGGAGUGGACCUGCCCGAUUACAUUCUGCACUACAAGAGCGGAUGGCCUGAUCUGUCUUCAUUCAGAGAUAGGAUGCAGAAGAGUGGACGAAGAUAAAAUUUAGUUCCGACUUUAAAAUUAUAUUUUAUCUGUUAGAAGCUGUGUUUUACUCCCCCCCCCCUCUUCCUCCACAUCUUUGAACAAGAGAGACAAAGUUUCCAUGUUCUUUAGUGUGUAAUCCGGUACACAUUUGUGUGAUAAGUUCAAAUAAAUGCCCUAAAUCAGCGGGUAAAAGCAUAA